UCACCAGGAAGCAGUUCGGAGUUGGUCGGGCCGCGCGCGCCUCGAGCUGCCCCCGGCGCGCGCCUCGUCGGCCCCUUUCGCUUUCCGCGCCUCGUCGGCCUGGCUCGUGAGUUGCCCCGAAGACUCCUCCCACCCCACAAGCUCGGGGGCCCCGGGGAGGCCGCUGGCGGUCGCAGAAGACAGGCGCUGUAAGUGCCAGGCGUAGCCAAGGUACAGUUGGAUCUGCUUCCUCCCUCCAGCCUACUUUCAGAAGCUCUUUGGUAGGAUUCCCUAGCUGCCUGGCCCUUGCCAAGAUGGCCCCAACAGUGCCCUUGAUCUGCAGUGGGACAGUGAGUAGGGUGAGUUCUGUUCUCAACCGGGAUGUGAAGCAGUUUGGGAAGAAGCAUCUGUUUGACCAGCGGGAGGAGACCUGCUGGAACUCAGACCAGGGCUCCUCCCAGUGGGUGAUGCUGGAAUUUCCCCAGACGGUCAAGGUGUCCCAGAUCCAGAUCCAGUUCCAAGGCGGGUUCACGUGCCGCCAGGGCCGCCUGGAAGGCGGCAGGAAGAGUGAAACGUUGGUGAAGAUCACAGAUUUCUACCCCGAAGACUUCAAUUCCUUGCAGAGCUUUCCCGUGGCGGACGUGAUGCUGGACAAGUUGAAAGUCACCUUCGAGAACAGUACCGACUUCUUUGGCAGGAUCAUCAUCUACCACCUGCGAGUUUUUGGGGAGAGGCUCUAAAUGACUUGGGGGUGAGGAGCAAGAGUGAACAAACCCAACUCCAACCCUUUCCCCAUCCGUUCCUGUCCAAGCACAGUGGCCCUGGCCUUUUCCCUGUUCAACCUGGGUCAAGGCAGGGCACAUCUGUGAGCGAGAGACGUGAGAGUAGGGAUGCUGUGACUGGGAGCAGCUUCCCGGUGUCUUUCUACGCCCGGUCCCCAAGGAAGUAACUAGCCACAACUGGACCUUGUUGCAAAACCAGUUCCUUUGAAACCUUAAGCCUAAAACCUUUGGACCCAGGAGCCGUGGCAGGCACUAAGCUAAGCUGGGUUCUGGGCCUGAGAAAACCGUUCCCUGUUAUCACCUCCCUCACCCUUAACCAAGAUCCUCCCCUCUGCCCUGAUCCCAUUUUCAGCCCAAUCUUGAUGGCACCUUGUGGCUAUAAUCAACUGGGAAGCAAAGGGGGGAGGGGGAGACAGCCAGCAGGUCUGCCCAAUCCUCCCUCUCUUCUCAGCUGCCUCAGAGCCAGAGCGUUGCUACAUGCCUUUCCUUCUCUGGGACUGAAGCAGGGCUGCCCACGUCACACGAUGGUAGAGGAAAUGUAUAGCCACAAGGCCAAGGAAGAGCAUGUUUGAUUUUAUUUGUCGCUGCCCCUGUUGGCCAAGAAGCAGGAGCUGGCGAGUGGGUGUCUGGCUGAAGCUGGAGACAAGGUGGAGGGAUUCAGCUAGCGGUGUUAAACCUGGCAGAUUAGCAGGGCUCUUGCCUCCCAAGCCCAGCAGCAGAGACUGGAUCCCAGGCCUGGGGGAACUGCUUAGCCAAGGACCAGAGAAGAUGUCCACUUGGCCUUCAGGUGAACCUCACUUCUGACUGAAGGCAGUCCACACCCUGCUGCAGAGCUCCCGAGAGGACAAGAGAAAGGAGGGAGGGGCCCUAUUUCUGGUCGCAGUGAAGUCUGGUCCUCCAAGUCUCAAGACUCUGCACUCGGAGAGGUGACUUUGACUCUCAGUCCCCGAGGGAUGGAGCCUCUAGUACUGGUGACAGAGCCAAGAGACCCAAUCUGGAGUCUUGGGCUCUUCUCUGACCUGCCUGGAAACCAGCACCCUAAAGUAACGGAGCUCCCGGCCAGCUAGUCAGCCAGCCUGCCUCCUGCCGUGAGAGGUAGUGAACCAAAGCGUAGAGGGUUAAGGCCGUGGAGAGGUUGGGGGUGACCUUCAUGCCGUCUCCGGAGGCAGCUUGUUCUGGAACAGUUUGAGAAUGUGAUUUUCGAUCACCUGUUGAACUGAGGUGGAGAGAAGAGAGAGUGAGUCUUUAAGGCCAUACCGACAGAGGGAUGGGAAUUUUAUAACAUCAGUAGGUGUCAACCCAAAAUGGAAAAAUAAAAAUAAAUGGGCACUCUCCAACCACCCCCUUGCUUCCUGAGAUAAAUUAAAUCUUUUUUAAAAUGAGA